GAAAAAUGCGACGAAAACAAAAAGACAAGACGAAACGCAAAGAAGUCGCGUAAAUGCGAAAAUAAAUCGGAAAAUCUGGGAAAACAAGAUUCCCUGGAUCGUUACUGUUGUGGUUAAUAUGGCGCUGUUGCUGGUGCAUCUGCGGCGCCUGAUUCUCCUGCUGACUGUGGUCUACCUCAGUGGGGCAGUGUUCCGGCGGCUGCUCACCGAGCGACAUCACUCAUACGUCCUGCAGUCCAACGGAUUCAUGGGCUUCGGCCGCCUUCGAGGCGGCGGCGGGGGAUCCAAGGAACCGUAUCACUUCCAGUGGUGGGCCUACAUUUACACCUGCUACGCCUACGUCGUGCUAGUCAACUACGUCAGCAUGCGCCGGCUGACCAACCUGAUCGAGUUCUUUUUGCAAUGACUGUGUUUUCGUUAGGGUUUUUAGUUGUUAUUUAAUUAUUAGAUGAGUUGAUGUCAUGGUAUGGGUAAAGAAAAUAUAACCCUAUGUAAUUAAAAAACGAAAUAAAUAAUUACCUUGCUUCGUUAGAUUAAUAAAUAUUAACACUAAAACAGACUACUGGAAAUACAACAAUUUAAAUUAUAUA